AUGGCCGAUAAUCCAUCUGCAGCCUGGCCUGUCGCAGACGAAGCCUUGUCACAAAAAAUCCUCGACCUCGUCCAAAGUGCGUCGCAUUACCGUCAGUUGAAGAAAGGCGCCAACGAAACGACAAAGACGCUGAAUCGUGGCACGGCCGAACUCAUCAUCCUCGCUGCAGAUACCUCACCACUUGCGAUUCUCUUACACCUUCCCCUCUUGGCAGAAGAUAAGAAUUGCCCUUAUGUGUAUGUCCCAUCGAAGACGGCUUUGGGACGCGCAUGCGGCGUUUCUAGAGCAGUCAUUGCUGCGAGCAUUACCACCAACGAGUCGAGCGAUUUGAUGCCUCAGAUCCGAGAACUGAAGAACCGAGUGGAGAGAUUGAUGAUCUAA